UUGAAAGUAAAAGUCAGUGUAUAACGUCACGCAACGUUAUUCCGCAAGGUAUGCCGUUAAGAGCGAACUGUCGCGAACCUAGCCGAUCGAAUUUACGCGUAAUCGAAACGAAGAAAAUUGGAGAACGAUUGUAAGAAAGAAUACGCAAGUACUCUUCGCGGUAUGCAAAUUUAACGCAUUCAGUGACGUAGAUAAAAGAUAAGGAAACUUUACUGGGGCAUUUAGCAACUCGAAAAGCAAAGUCUUUAAGAACAGUGAAAGAAUAGUAUCUCGAUGGAAUAUAUGUCUCUCUCUCUUCUUUGCGUUUUUCCGCGAGUAAAUCAUUACGAUGUAGACAUUUUUAAAGAAAAGUGAUGACCGAGAAUCGCGAGAUUCUUUAUGCUGAAUAUUUAAAAUAAUUAAAAAGUAAAAAAUGCGUAAAUAUUUUUGACAACGAUACGCAACGUACGAUCGAGUGGUUCGUCUGGGAAGAAAUGGCGCACGUUGCCGACGGAAUUUCAUAAAGGAAAGAAAGGAACGGCGGCGCAGAGUUCCGGGAUGGUGCAUGCGAAGAGGAAGUGAGAGGCUCGGCACCGCUCCGCGAAGGUGGACUGCUUCCACACCGUCGAAUCAAGAGGGUCGUCUACGUCUGGGCGUCAUUGUCCUUGUCCCGCACCCCCCGACGGAAAUUUACAUCGACAAUAUUAUAUUCAACCCAUUUAAUUCGAGCGAGCUCUCGCAAAUCUUACCAAAGAUGUCCAACGAAAUCACCGAAUUGGCCGAGAUGGCCCAUCAUGGGAUAACCCGCGUGAUGUCACAAGAGUCUGAAUUUGAUGACGCUUUGGAAGUACCUGAAUCAUUAGAAAUAACGAUUGAUGAAAAUGGCGAAACGAUACGUGUUCGUAAGGAGGAAAUGGAAACGGAAUGCACAGAUAGUAGAGAAACCUCUGGUGUAAUACCUUUCACCGUUGUGCACAAUACAUCGACAAAGCUCAAAAGUCAAAUGUGCAACGUAUUUAUUCCUGGCGAAGAGGUGCAUGUAAGAAUAAUUGAUAACGAACGUAGCGUGACCGCGCAUCCCCUGCAUCCAAAUCUGUACACCAUAGAAUUUCGACACGGACCUUUUGUUUGGACUAUCAAAAAGCGAUACAAACACAUUCAAUAUCUGCACAAUCAAUUGAAAAUAUAUCGUGCUAGUUUGAACAUACCUUUCCCUACGAAAUCCCACAGGGAGAGGAGGAACAGCAUGAAAAAUCUUAGAACUGCGGGCGAGAAGAAGGGCAGACGAAAUGCUCUACCAAGGUUUCCUAAUAAACCUGACUUUCUAGUGCCUCACGAGCAGUUAAGUCGUAGAAGAAAGGAAUUAGAGGAUUAUCUAAGCAACUUGCUCAACAUAGAGAUCUACAGACGUCACUCUGAAACUAUCAACUUUUUGGAUAUUUCACAUUUGUCCUUUGUGGCUGACUUAGGGAUGAAAGGGAAGGAGGGUGCGAUUUUGAAACGGACCGGAUCGGGCGCUAAAACGAGAUGCAACUUCUUCGGCUUGGGCGAAUGCGGAUUCUGUAUCAAGUGCAAUUAUUUCUGCACCUCUCUCUGGGGCAAAUGGCAGAAGAGGCAUCUUGUCGUUAAGGAGACCUUCGUUGCGUAUCUUAAUCCUCAAGACGGAAGAAUAGGAUCUAUUAUCUUGAUGGAUAAUGGCUUUGGGAUCAGUCUUGGAGUGUAUACCACGGGCUCGCGAAGCGGCAUGCAAAUUGCUAAUCUGAGUAGGCAUAUAGUUAUCAAGUGUUGGACAAAACGAAAAGCUAAGGAAUGGAUGGAGUUUAUACAAGAAGUUAGUAAUAGAGAAGGCGCAGGCAGAGAUUUUAUACAAACGAAUCCGCAUAACUCGUUUGCUCCGUAUCGUACAUCCAUAUCCGCGACUUGGUUCGUGGACGGAGCCGAUUAUAUGUCUGCCGUGGCCGACGCAUUGGAAAACGCCAAAGAAGAAAUUUUUAUCGCAGAUUGGUGGCUUUCACCAGAGAUUCACAUGAAGAGACCCAUGCCCGGCGGAGACUAUUGGCGCCUGGAUAAAAUCUUACAAAGAAAAGCAAAACAAGGUGUUAAAAUAUUUAUACUGAUAUAUAAAGAAAUUGAAGUCGCUUUAGGCAUAAAUAGUUACUACAGCAAACAGAAACUCGUGGAACAAUGUCCUGAGAAUAUAAAAGUAUUGAGACAUCCAGAUCACGCAAGGGCAGGCAUAUUUCUUUGGGCUCAUCACGAAAAGAUCGUGGCCAUCGAUCAGUCUCUAGCAUUUCUUGGUGGCAUUGAUUUAUGUUAUGGCAGAUGGGAUAACAGCGAACACAGAUUGACAGAUUUAGAAUCCAUUCAUCAAUCGAGUAUCUACAUUCCUUCAAGAGACAAGCUAACUAAUACCAGCAGUAAAAAGGUGUUGGGCUGUACGGAAAGACACGUGCUAUUACCAUUAGCAAUAGCAACGAAUACCAUUGCUAUGGCGACCACGAGAUCCAUGCCUUUAAUGCCGAUGAUGGAUGAGAAAACGCAAAAGGAUUUAAUGUUGUCGACAUUGUCAACGGAUAAUUCACUUUUUAUGCUGCAAGAAAAGGGAGAAGGCGUCAAGUGCAAUACGCCCGAGACGCAAAGAAAGAAUCUGUUCGAUGUCGCCAAAACAACCGUCGAUAAAAUGAAGAACACCGUGAAAGUGAAGAGACAGGAAUUAAUUAAUAUGGUGUACACUUCUCACGAAGCGGACGUCGAAGACGUUGAAGAGAACAAACUCGCGCUAUCCGAAACUGAGGAUACAGUGGAUUAUGGCUGCAGCUUGAGAUCAACGGUGACAAAAUUAUGGCUUGGCAAAGACUACACAAAUUUCAUUGUCAAGGACUUCAACGAUCUUGAGAAGCCGUAUCAGGAUCUGGUAGAUAGAACCACUACUCCUAGAAUGCCCUGGCACGACAUAGGGGUUUUAGUGCAAAAUGCUGCUGCUAGAGACGUGGCUAGGCAUUUUAUACAGCGUUGGAAUGCCGCCAAGCUAGAAAAAGCAAAACUGAAUUCGUGCUAUCCUUACUUAUUACCGAAAUCGUACAAAGACUGCAGGAGCUACGCUCCGUUUAUCAGAGAGGCUAACAAGCACAAUGUCAAGUGUCAAGUACUGCGUUCGGUGAGCUCUUGGUCGGCUGGCUUUCUCGAUCCGGAGACUGUAGAGCGGAGCAUACAGGAAGCUUACAUCCAGGCCAUCAGUGAGGCAGAAAGAUAUAUCUACAUAGAAAAUCAAUUUUUCAUAACGCUCGCCUCCGUGGAGAAGGGUGGCGUGAAGAAUCAAAUUGGCGAGACGUUGCUGAAAAGAAUCCUGAGAGCGCACAGGGAAGGCGCGGUAUUCAGGGUGUUUGUCGUAAUGCCGUUGUUGCCGGGUUUCGAAGGCGAGGUUGGAGGACCGAGCGGAACGGCGUUACGGGCGAUAACUCAUUGGAAUUACAAUUCUAUAUCGAGGGGAAAGGACGCUAUUCUAAGUCAGCUGUUGGAGGCAGGUAUAGAAGAUCCUAGCGAAUACAUCACGUUCCACGGCUUGAGAACUCGUUCUAUGUUAAACGGCACGAUGGUGACCGAGCUUAUCUAUGUUCACAGUAAGCUAAUGAUAGUUGAUGACAAAACAGUAAUCUGCGGAUCGGCUAAUAUAAAUGACAGGAGUAUGGUUGCCACAAGGGACAGCGAAAUAGCUGUAAUAAUUCAUGACCAGGAGUUUGAGGAUGGACGCAUGAAUGAUAUACCUUUCCCUAGCGGCAAAUUUGCUUCUUCCUUGAGAAAGCAAUUAUUCCGCGAGCACCUAGGAUUAUUGAAUACUAAAGAAGACAUCAAUAUCGAUGACGUCGUUAUAAAAUCAUUCUACAAGGAUAUAUGGUGCGCUAGGAGCAAACAAAAUACGGAGAUAUACGAAGAAGUAUUUCACUGUAUCCCCACCGAUAAAAUAGUCAAUUUCGCUAUAUUGAAACAAUAUCAAGAAAAAGUACCUCUCUCCAUAUCCGACCCGUUAUUAGCGCAAGAAAUGGUGGAGAACAUAAAGGGACACUUGGUCGACUUGCCAUUAAAUUUCUUAUGCAAUGAAGAUUUGAAACCUGCAGCUGGGACAGUAGAAGGAAUGAUGCCAACCGCUUUGUGGACGUAAGUUCACGUUCUUCUUCGAAAACUUCAAAAACGUUUUUGACAAUUUAUUCGAAUUGGGCACAAAUUUAUAAUCGAAAAUUUCCACUGAAUUGUUUUACAACAUUAGACAGGGCGUGUUGUAAAAGAUGAUUCUUUUUUUUGUUUACUUUCUAUACGACUUUCAUAUUAAUGUUGAACAAAGAAAGGAAAAAAUUUUUUAUCACUUUGUUAGCGUAUAGAUAUAUUAAAUUU